AUGGGGGACCCUUCUUUCCCCAGACAGAUCCCCAGGGAGGAGGGUGCCCGCCGGCUGCUGCUGGCCGUCCUGGCCACCUGCUUCAAGCUGGAGUGCUGCAUCAGCGGGACACACAGCAUGGACCUGGUGGCCCUGGAGCCCUUCGGGGAGUACGUCUCCCUGCCUGGCCUGGACUGCACCUUCCCGGGUGGCUACAGCAGCUUGGCCCAUCGCCUGCUCUCAGCUCUUCCUGAGGGCACCGUCCUGCUCAACAAGGCAGUGAGGACCAUCCACUGGAGAGGGACCUUCCGAGAGGAAGGGGAGGAUGACAGGGAUUUCCCUGUCCAGGUGGAGUGUGAGGAUGGAGACACCUUCCUUGCUGACCACGUCAUCAUCACCGUCCCACUGGGAUUCCUCAAGGAAUGCCACCAGGCCUUCUUCCAGCCUCCCCUGCCCAAGCAGAAAGCAGAAGCCAUUCGCCGCCUGGGUUUCGGCACCAACAACAAGAUCUUCCUGGAGUUCGAGGAGCCUUUCUGGGAACCCCAGCAGCAGUUGCUGGAAGUGGUGUGGGAGGACGAGUCACCUCUUGAAGAGCCCAGUGCUGACCUGGAGGCCAGCUGGUUCAAGAAGCUCAUUGGAUUUGUGGUUGUCCAACCACCAGAGCAGCACGGACACGUCCUGUGCGGCUUCAUCGCGGGGAAGGAGUCGGAGCACAUGGAGACUCUGAGCGACGCGGAGGUUCUGAGCGCCAUGACCUGCCUCCUCCGCACGGUGACAGGGAACCCACUCCUUCCUGCUCCCCGGCGCCUGCUUCGCUCCCGCUGGCAUUGCGCUCCCUACACCCGCGGCUCCUACAGCUACGUGGCCACCGGCAGCACCGGGGCUGACAUCGACCUGCUGGCUCAGCCCCUGCCCGAGGACCCCCAGGACCCCACCGUUCUGGAGCAGCUGAAGCAGGGGGGAUGCCCACACGUUGUUUUCACCGACUGCCGGCACGACAUCAAUGUCAAAAAGAUUGUCCCUCUGGUUGCCAAGCUGGUGGGUGACAGCCCACGCUACCAUAGGGCUGAGAACUCUGAGUACAGCAUCCUGGUGAUUGGUGUGCCCAACGUGGGCAAGUCCUCGCUCAUCAACUCCCUGCGGAGGCUGCAUCUCAAAAAGGGGAAAGCCACUGCUGUGGGUGGUGAGCCAGGUGUCACCAAAGCCGUGCUGACCAGAAUCCAGGUCUCUGAGAAGCCCCUGAUGGUGGUGGACACGCCGGGGGUGCUCUCGCCGAAGCUGGGUGAUGUGGAGACGGGCAUGAAGCUGGCACUGUGUGGUGAGCUGGGAGGCGGCUGCGAGCUGGCCAUGAUGUGUGACAUCAUCUACGCCGGGGAGAAGGCGCAGUUUGGGCAACCUGAGAUCCUGCUGGGGACCAUCCCAGGUGACCAGUGGGCCGACCGCAAGGAGGGGAUGACAGCAUUCGUGGAGAAGCGCAAGGCGAACUUCACCGACAGCUGA